GAGUACAACGCGUCCGAGGUGAUCCUGGGCAAGACCAUGGAGGAGUGGUGCCGCUUCGCCGUCUGCUACUGGCACACGUUCGGCAACACGGGCGGCGACCCGUUCGGCAGCGAGACGUACACGAACCGCGCGUGGAACGCCGAUGACGGAGCCAACCUGUCGCCGCGCGAGCGCCUGCUCGAGGCCGCCAAGUGCAAGGCCGACGCCGCCUUCGAGAUGUUCACCAAGCUCGGCGUCAAGUACUACACGUUCCACGACGUGGACCUCGUGUCCGAGGGCGCGAGCCUCGACGAGUCCCAGAGCCUGCUGGACGACAUCUCGGACUACCUGCUCGAGAAGCAGAACCAGACGGGCGUCAAGUGCCUCUGGGGCACCACCAACCUCUUCGGCCACCGCCGCUUCAUGAACGGCGCCAGCACCAACCCCGACAUGAAGGUGUUCGCGCACGCGGCGGCGCGCGUCAAGAAGGCCAUGGAGAUCACGCUCAAGCUGGGCGGCCAGAACUUCGUCUUCUGGGGCGGCCGCGAGGGCUUCCAGAGCAUCCUCAACACCGACAUGAAGAUGGAGCUGGACCACAUGGCCGCCUUCUUCAAGCUCGUGGUGGCCUACAAGAAGGAGCUGGGCGCGACCUUCCAGUUCCUCGUCGAGCCCAAGCCGCGCGAGCCCAUGAAGCACCAGUACGACUACGACGCCGCCACGGUCAUCGCCUUUCUGCACACGUAUGGCCUGCAGCACGACUUCAAGCUCAACGUCGAGCCUAACCACACGACGCUCGCGGGCCACGACUACGAGCACGACAUCUACUACGCCGCCAGCUACAAGAUGCUGGGCUCCGUCGACUGCAACACGGGCGACCCACUCGUGGGCUGGGACACGGACCAGUUCCUCAUGGACGAGAAGAAGGCCGUGCUCGUCAUGAAGAAGAUCGUCGAGAUCGGCGGCCUCGCGCCCGGGGGGCUCAACUUCGACGCCAAGGUGCGCCGCGAGUCCACGGACCUCGAGGACAUCUUCAUUGCGCACAUCGGCUCCAUGGACUGCUUCGCGCGCGGCCUGCGCCAGGCGGCCAAGCUGCUGGAGAAGAACGAGCUGGGCGAGAUGGUCAAGCAGCGCUACGCGUCGUGGAAGAGCGCGCUGGGCGAGCGCAUCGAGGACGGCCGCGCCACGCUGGAGGAGGUGGCGGCGUACGCCAAGGAGGCGGGCGAGCCGGACCACGUCUCGGGCAAGCAGGAGCUGGCCGAGCUGAUGCUCUUCCGCGGCGUGCAGUGA